AUGUUACAAUAAAAUAAUCCAAGUUUCCAAGUCAAUACAAAGAAAAUCUAUUAUUUUUUAUUAGCAUUCCCAUUUAUCUUAGUAGGAUCCUUAAUUUGUUGCAUCUAUUAUAUAUCUGGAGUAUAACUACUGUUUUUGUCAUUGUUUGAUUAAUGCAAAUAAAUAAGUUUUCUAGGUGGAUUAAAUCUAACGAUGUUGGGAGUUGGUAUGAUAUUAUUGAUGAUGCCAUUUGCUCUAUUUGAAUUUGCGAUCGCGUAUACUUGUACUGAUUAUAUCACUCCCAUUUUGAUCGUUACAGCAGCAAAAAUGAUAGGAGAAUAUGCUAGCUUUUUCAUAGGCAAGGAAUUAUCAUUUUUCCUCAAAGAAUUGCUUAAAGAAUUCAAAUUUUAUAAUGCAAUCGAAAAGUUAACUCAACGUAAGCCUUAUAAAACACAAUUUUUAAUGAGAAUGUCUGGUGUUACACCCUAAAUAAUCAUGAACUAUGGAAUGGGAGUUUUAAGAACAGUAAGCUUUAAAUCAUUUGCCAUUGUUCAAUCAGUUGUUGGAUUUCCCAGCACUAUAUUAGCUGUUUUUAUUGGAAAACAAUUCCAUAAAAUUAAAGAUAUUUUUGAUUCCAAUAGAUCAAUUAAUAAUGAAGGUGUUUUGUAUGUUGAAAUUGGUAUAAUAACAUUUGCAGGACUUAGCAUUUCUUUGCUUAUAUAUUAUGUUGUUAGAGAAUAUACAAAAGUAUUGAAAGAAGAGGUUUUGGUAGAUAAAAAUGAAAACCUAAACAAAGAAAUUGACAAAGAGUUAUCUAAUGAUAUGGAAAAAACAUGGGAAGAUAUUGAAUUAUAAAGUGCAAUUUGA